CGUCAGCGAGCAGCAGUGCACAGCACACAGCAGCUUUAUCUUCUUGCGAGGACACUGGUCUGCUGGCUUCUUUGGUUAAUUGAUCUCUCUUGCAGCUCCGGAAGCCGCUACUUUUGGACUCAGCUUUUCCCCUUAGCUGAAGGAAAACGCGCCUGCUGCUAGGUCAGUGCGGGUGAUCCAGAGAGCUCUAGGCGCGCGCUCCCACAUCCAAAUUUGUGUUCCGUGCGGUCGGCGUGUGUGUGGAGAAUGGUCAUCGCGGUGAAAGCACAGGGCGGACGCAAGAGUCUUGGCAAGACCAAGCCUGAGGGUGCCCCCAAGGCAAAGUCUGCGUCACCCCAGACGGUGUCGGAGUUGGCCCAGGCCGCGGACGUGAUGGAGGGGAAGAGGCUCGAAGAUGCGCAAAAGGAAGCGGAAAAGGAGUGGCAAGAGCUCGAGGCGGCCAACACCGAGGUCGAGGAGGGGGGGGGCGGUUGUGGCGACGGCGGGGAGGGAGAGAACAAGGUGCCCGCGCUGCUGCAGAUGGCCGCCAACCAAGUCCAGCAGGACGAGACGCUGACAGAGGAAGAACGCCGCAAGCAGGCGGGAAUGCUCCUCGCCCGCGCCGACAGCGUAACCGACCAGGACAGCAACGCCUCCGCGAAACAGUCAAACACCGCCACCGCCACCAAUGGCAAGAGUGACAGCGAGGAAAGGAGUUCCGCUGCCGAAAAGGAGGCGUCGUCUCCGGCGGGGAGAGGCCCCGCGGCGGAGAAUGGCGAGAAUUCGGGGGGGGGUGCGAGGCAGGCGCAGCUAGCGUCGCUCCUGUGCAAGGCGGAGCAGUACUCGAUGUUCAUUCGACAGUCGCAGAUGGACGUAGAGGCGAGUCGACCAAUCGCACCCACGAAGCAGGAAGACGAGAGGGGGGAAAAGGAUGACGCUGCUGCCGAGCAGGAAGGCGAGGACGAGGGAGCCGGUAGUGGGAGAGGGCGCGGCGGCAAUAAGAGAUCUCCUGGGAAGCGUUCGCCAUCCUCUCGGGGUAAGAAGGGCAAGUCGUCCAGCGGAAGAGCCUUCAGUUCAGCGGCCACCAAGAUGAAGAAGGCAAAGGAAGAGGCCGCUGCUAGGGAGAAGGACGACGGCUCAUUCCGACAGCCUUCGAACCUGGUGGGAGGGACCCUGAAGCCGUACCAACUGGAAGGGUUGCGGUGGCUGGUCACUCUCUACGAGAACGGGCUGAGCGGGAUCUUGGCGGACGAGAUGGGGCUCGGCAAGACCAUCCAGGCGACCUUGAUCGCCCACCUUCGCUCGAAAGGCGUUAAUGGGCCGUUCCUCGUAACGGCACCUCUCGCCACCCUCCCGAACUGGGUCAAGGAGUUCCAGAAGUGGCUUCCCGCUGUCGACGUGAUCUUGUACCACGGCUCUAAGGACCACAGGAGUGAACUGCGGCGAACGGUGAUGAAGCCGAGGUUGGCGAGAUCGUCGUGCUUUCCCGUCGUCGUCACCAGCUACGAGGUGAGCAUCAUCGACCGGGCGGCGUUGCAGGGUUACUGCUGGCAGUACCUCAUCAUCGACGAGGGCCAGAGGAUCAAGAACGCUAGCUGCCGCCUGGUGCAGGAGCUCAAGAAGCUCCCUUCGGAGAACCGUCUCCUUCUCUCCGGAACCCCUAUCCAGAACACCCUCGAGGAGCUGUGGUCCCUGCUGAAUUUCGUCAACCCUCACAUCUUCGACGACCUCUCGAUCUUCCGAUCUUGGUUCGGUUUCAAGAACAUCGGGAAGGAGACCAGCGUGGAGUCUAUCGUCGAUGAGCAGCAGCACUCCAAGAUCGUCUCCAAGCUGCACGAGAUCCUCAGACCGUUCCUGAUCCGGCGUAUCAAGAAGGACGUUCUGGCCAACGACGGCCUGCCGCCCAAGAGGGAGGUGGUGGUGUACGCGGGCAUGACGUCAUGGCAGAGGGGCUACUACGACCUCGUCGGGAGGAACGCGCUGCGGCAGGCGCUGAUGGACAUGGGCAUCGAGGGUGCGGCGCGACUGAGCGAGAUCAACAUCAAUAUGAAUCAGCGCAAGGUCUGCCAGCACCCCUUCCUUUUCGGCGAGCCAAAGGACAAAAUGACGGGGGAGUACGUCGGCAUCAAGAACCCCGAGAUUCUGGUGAGAGCGUCCGGCAAGGUUGCGUUGAUGGACCGCAUGCUCAAGAAGCUCCACGCGGGAGGGCACAAGGUGCUCAUCUUCUCGCAGAUGACGUCGCUCCUCGAUGUCCUCGAGGACUACCUACGGCACCGAGGGUGGGAGUUCCACCGCAUCGACGGCUCGACCGACGUCCUGGACCGACAAAGUCAGAUCGAGGAGUUCAACUCCAACCCCAAGUUCUUCGUGUUCUUAUUGUCGACGAGGGCAGGUGGUCUCGGCAUCAACUUGUGCGCUGCUGACACGUGCAUCCUCUUCGACUCCGAUUGGAACCCUCACCAGGACAGCCAGGCGAUGGCUCGGUGCCACCGCAUCGGGCAGCAGAAGCCCGUGAUGGUUUAUCGCCUACUCACCACCGGCAGCGUCGAGAUCGAGAUGAUGGCCAAGCAGAUCUCGAAAAAGAAGCUGGAGAGAGUGGCGGUACAGGGCGGCGACUUCGGGAAGGCAGGCAAACGCACGUACGGCGAGAUGACAGUCCCGCACCUCCGGAAACUCCUCGAGGAUGACGUCGAGGACCUCGCCAAACGCGCCCUUUGUCCCGAGGCCGGAGACGGCGUUGACCGGUCCAUCACGGAGGAAGAGCUAGACGGCAUCCUGGACAGGGAAAGAGUCUUCGCCUCCGCCACGGGGUGGGGGGACUCCUCGCUCUUAGGGGGCGCGCGGUGGGGAAAGCGGGAGGACGGGGCGGGCGGGGCGGGGUGGGGGGAGAGGACGGGGGGGCCCGUCGUUCCCCUUCCUCGAGAGGGGGAGAUGUACGACGUCGUGGAUGAGCUGGACGCGAGCGUCUUGAGCUCGAUGGAGUAAGUGGUGACUAGGCGCAAGAAGCAAGGCUGCUAUUUAACCGUGUGUGUGUGUGUGUGUUUGUUUUUGCUGAGUUUUGGUCGUGGGGGUUGCAGUUGUUGGGCCGAUUUUUUUGUUGCGUUUGUUGGGAUGGUUUUUUGUUGCAUUUGUUGGGAUGGGUUUUUUCCGCGUGAAGAAUCUUCCACACGGCAACCAAGAAGUAAGCUUGCGUGGGAGCGAGAAACGGUGGGGGGAUACCUGGCGUAAUUUUAGAUCGGGCGGGCAAGGAGCUCGUGAUGAUUAUUUUUUGUUGGGGUUAUUGAGGCGAAAACGGCCGUAUUAAUGGGGGAUAGGGGAGGUGGGCAUUGGAGGAGUCGUCUUGACGCGGUGUUGCUGGCGCUAGAGAGCUCGAUCUGAACUGCAACAAGCUCCUCUUGGCAUGAGCGAGGAAACAAGACGAAGUCGUCCAUUGAUCUCAUUCAUUGGACGCUACUGGGUGGGACCAUUCGUUGCUUGAGGGGUGAGAGUGCAAGCUAUGCUUACAUUUCGGGGCCGCGAAAGUAAACUCACCGUUGUUUGGCCCAGAUUAAGUAAGGGGGAAACUGAGGGCUUCGUUGGCCACGGGGGGAUGCCCCCAAGUAAUUUAUUGUUGGAGGGCAGGCACGCAGUUAUGGGAAAGAUGGACGAAAGUGUCCAAUAAUAAUUUCGUUUCAAAGCCCGUCCAACUCACUCGCUCAAGGGUUUGACCAAAUUGAACGAAUGGCGACGACGCAGGAGUGUUUUGCGGGCGGGUGAAGCAGCAUCCCCCUUUUCCAGCUACCCAACGAUUAGGUGGACGUCGUGCACGAUUUUCGUUGGCUACAUAGUGACUCGACGCUGUGUGCUUUUUGUCAGCUCCAGCUGCGGUGGCAUGGUGUAUGCGUGUUCAUGCACUUUUAGUUAUGAAGACGAGUAUCUAACGAAAAGCAGGGGUCCUUUUCACCUCUCUCAAUGAAUCAUCGGGUGAUGUGUGGGACGUUGGUAGGUGCGAUCCGGAUUAUCAUCGGUGAUCCGACAGCGUGGUAGGUUGAACGGUGAUUGUCCCGAUCCGAGAGUUGGCGAAUGUAAGGCUUCGGAGAUGAGCUCGCCCGGCAGUGCUAGCUUGAUGUCGGCCUUCCCAUUGAAGGUAGAACCUACGCAUCAACGGUCUACCAGCAUUAUUUAGGUACGGUUUCGGAGAUAUGCUCGGCUUGCGGGUUCUAGCUUGAUGCCGGCCUUCCUAGGGGGGAACUAACGCAUCAACUGUGUACCGACAUUCAUUAGGUGUGGUUGUGAUUCCUUGAAAUCUUGAAAGAAGGAAUUUUUGUGCCAUGCUCUUUUUCCCUCAUAGAUAAAGUUGCUUGAUUACUGUAGCUGUCAAGUGUGUUCCCGGCGUGGGUGUACUAUCAUUAAUUAAUGUUUGUGAUGCAGCAGCAAACACACUCAUGGGCUGAAUCAACAAUUUUCGCGCGCGGAUGAUGCCAAUGCACGUCGUGUCUUGGACGACGGGCUGACAGCAAUGAAGCAGUCCACAGCAGACUCACAAGGAAGGAUGUUUCUGGUGCUACAAUAAGUGGGGUGAUGGAUUUUUUUGUUGUUGGAGGUGUUGGGACAGGAGGGUCCCCAAAUACUCUUGAGAAUCCGCUCUGGGACCCGUGAGCUGGAAGCGACUGCGGCUUUGUCUGUUGACGGCGGACCUUUGUUUCUGAAAAUGUGGAAAGGAGCGGACAGAGAAAGCUGUCCAAUGCUUGAAACUUCGAGGGCUUCGGUUGGACGGAGGGAGGGGUGAAAGCCGAUUGUAGUUGUGGGAAGGAAGGGUGGUUUGGACGGAACAGUUUACCCGCGUGCGUGAGCAAGAAGUGCGGAGGCCGUUGUCUGUCGCUCCGCUGUCUUGUCAAUCUCUCGUUUAGUUCUGCUCUGUUUGCACAAGGACGGUCAAUGCCACGCGGCGAUGUUUUGGAUUGAGGGGUAGGUAGACAGACCGUUGCUCAACAGCAGCUACCCGUCCGAAACGUUCUCCUGACUAGGGAACGAUUAGUGUGCGGGAGCAACACCGUAGAAGAGGCAAGAUCUUUUAUCCCCACCAAGCUGUGUAGGGGGGAAUGGUUCGUGUUGUGUCAGUGCUCUUGUUGUUGUAGUGAAAGGAUAGUUGGGGGGAUACAUUCUGGCAACCGUAUUUGGGUGCUGCUCCAGUGACCCGUUCAUGACGAGAGUUGUAAGAUCCGGCGGCUGUGGUUUUGUGCGGCACCGUUUGUUUUUCUUAGCGGUUUUCUUCCCAAACCGGGAUAGAUGGGGUAUUGCUACGUGGUUAGCUCGUGACAGUCUGUCGUUCUGCGCCCGUGAUUAAUGUCAAAUGUCUAGUGGGUUCUUGAAAUACUGUUGUUCAAAAAAGUCAAAUGUCUAGCGGGUUAUUGAAAUAUUGUCGAAGAAAAUCAUCGGCCGUUGGCGAUUGAUUUUGUCUGCGGUACUUGCACGAACUAUGGGGAUUAUUGAACAGCCAACACCUGGUAUUCCGAAAAGGUAUGUAUUUGUUGUGGUUCAUCCCAAACACAGGAAAUAUAGUUGUUUUGUAUGCGCUCGAACCACAUCUCAGGUCUCCCCGUUAUGCAUGCAAUCGCGUUCGCCAGCAUCGAUCGCUUCUCGCCAGAAACAGGUUUUUCCUACUUUGGAAGUGCAAACUUUGUAGAGAAU